AUGCCGGCACCGUACGCGUCCUCCGCUCCGUCGGGAUUAAAUGCACAAAUAAUGCGCAAUUCACUCGCACAAUAUGGUUGCGGCCAUCGGGUGAUGUUUUCCACAGUCGUGCCUGCUCCUGCUGACGCCAUUUUCGAUGCUGAGCUCUAUUUCCGGCCGCGGCCCGCUCAAGCGAGCAGACGCCCAUUUUUCGCUAAGAUUCCUGCCAAAAUGGGCGCCGACCAAGCCAUCGGCUUCUUCACACUCACAUCUCCGGUACAUAUCAAGCUAGGCCGUUUUAGGCAGUCAUCCUUGCAACGUCCACAUGAAUCCACUUCUUCCUCUGGGCGGAAGCAUCUGCUCCUGAUAGACUUCCCGGUUCGAAUGAUGGACAUGCCUGGGCCAUCCCAGCGGCCACGUUCCUGUUGCUGGCGCCAGAAGCUAUCCGCAAUUGACUGCCGAGAUAAGACACAGGUCCUUCGCGUUCCCGUACCCAGUUCUCGUGUCUCGAAUCCCACUGCCCUGCCUCGAGGCCCGCCACAGAAGGCUAACCACUGCAAAUAUGAGGACGCAGUGGAUAAGAAAGGCCCCGCACCAUUCCAGCGUCCGGCGAACGUGAAGUCCGGUACCAGGUGA